UUCUACAUCGUAUUUUUUCCGUCUCUCAAGAAGAAGAAAACCGCCAUGGAAGCCAAAGUUGAAACCUCGUGGAGCUCUAUUAUAGUUCCUUCUGUUCAAGAGAUGGUGGAUGAGAAGACGAUCACGACCGUUCCUCCCAGGUAUGUCCGGUAUGAUGAAGACAAAACUGAAGCCGUCGAUGAUUCUGGUCUCUCAAACAAGAUCCCAAUCAUCGACAUGGAGCGGUUGUGCUCUUUGACCGCCGUGGACUCUGAGGUUGAGAAACUCGACUUCGCAUGCAAAGAGUGGGGAUUUUUCCAGCUUGUAAACCAUGGAAUAGAUUCAAGUUUCUUGGACAAAAUAAAGUCAGAGAUUCAGGAUUUCUUCAACCUUCCCUUGGAAGAAAAAAAAAAGUUUUGGCAGCAACCAAAGGUGAUGGAAGGGUUUGGACAAGCUUUUGUGGUUUCAGAAGAUCAGAAACUCGACUGGGCAGAUAUGUUCUUCCUUGUAACGCAACCUGCUCAAUACCGCAAGCCUCACUUGUUCCCCAAGCUACCUCUUCCUUUUAGAGAUACGCUAGAGAUGUAUUCCACUCAAGUGAAGGAUAUAGCUAAGAUCUUAAUAGGGAAAAUGGCGGAAGCCCUGCAGAUCAAAGCAGAGGAGAUUGAAGAGUUAUUUGGUGAUGAUAUGACGCAGAGUAUGAGGAUGAAUUACUAUCCACCGUGUCCACAACCAAAUCAGGUUACCGGUCUGACUCCGCAUUCCGAUGCUGUUGGACUCACCAUACUUUUGCAGGUUAAUGAAGUUGACGGUCUCCAAAUCAAGAAAAAUGGCAAGUGGGUUUUUGUCAAACCUCUACCAAAUGCUUUCGUUGUCAAUGUUGGAGACAUUUUAGAGAUCAUAACUAACGGGGCGUACCGAAGCAUCGAGCAUCGGGGAAUGGUGAACUCGGAGAAAGAGAGGCUGUCCAUUGCAACAUUUCAUAACACAGGAAUGGAAAAAGAAAUUGGUCCGGCAAGGUCCCUUGUGCAAAGGCAAGAGGCAGCAAAGUUUCGAAGCCUGAAAACUACAGACUACAUGAGUGGCUUGUUCUCCCGUGAACUCAAAGGAAAAUCUUAUCUUGAUGCUAUGAGAAUCUAAGGAACCAGAUAUCUUGUUAGCCAAGAAACUCUGUCUUCUAAAACUAGUUACUGUCGUGUGUACACCUACCAUAGUACCCUGUUCUAAUGUUUUCCCUUGUCUUUCUUUUUUGGUUUUAUGUUGAGCAAGUUUCUUCCUUCAAUCUUAUGGGUUCAUAUCUGUUAAAAACAAACUCACCAGCUAGUGUUUAGUACUUAAUUAUGUGUUUGAUAUCA